CAGAGAAUUCUGAGACUAAUGGGAGUCUCCCCGUGUCCCUUUUACAAUAGAAAGAUGUUACUGGGAGAACAAGCCACAUGAUGAGUCUCUCAGCUUGUGCAGUUUCCCUUCCCUACUACUUAUUGUGCCAUGUACAACCUACAUGGACCGCCUGAAUGAAGCUCAUGGACCACUACUGGUAGUCUACAGGCCACGGUUUAGGAAUCCCUGCUGUAAACCCUGAGUGGAAAGUAAUCCUAUGCAUGUCUACUCAGAAGUUGGAAGAGAAUACGUCUCCUUUAAAGACUGAAAAUGAACGGUAAUUUGCUACUGCAUUAUUACCUCUCGAUUCCAACAGCCGUGUUUCUGUCUUUCUGACUCCGUUUCCUAACAUGGGGACCCUUUUGGAAGUAGGGUGUCGUAAUCUGUCACAGCCAAGUGAAACUUCGCAACAGUUGCAGGCGUACGUGGCCUGGGUGAAUUCACAGCUGAAGAAGAAGCCAGCAGUUAAGCCAGUACAGGACCUGAGGCAAGAUCUCCGAGAUGGGGUCAUCUUGGCUUCUCUCAUCGAGAUUGUAGCUGGAGAGAAACUGAAUGGAGUGGAGGUCAGUCCCACCAGCCCGCAGGAAAUGAGAGAGAAUGUGGAGAAAGUCCUGCAGUUUGUGGCAUCCAAAAAGAUUCGUAUGCACCAGACAUCAGCUAAAGACAUUGUUGAUGGGAACCUGAAAUGCAUCAUGCGGUUAAUCCUUGCCUUAGCUGCUCAUUUUAAACCUGGCUCAAGCAAAGUUGCCAAUCAGGCCCCAUCUAGUACAAUGGGAAAGCGCUCAACGGGAACACGAAUGUCAUCAGCCAAUCACAGACCUCAUUCAGCUGCUGCAGUUGCCCAGGGUGCAGUGGCCGCCCUGGCAGAUGUUCGCCACGAUGUCUCACGCUUGGGACGUGAUGUUUUCCGGCACAGACGGAGAGAUAGCAGCCUGGGUGAAGAGACUGAGCAUCCCUACUGGAGCGUCCGAGCCCUGGUGCAGCAAUACGAGGAGCAGCAAAGUGUGCCUUCAGAGUCCCACUCCUCCAGCCUUGCAUCACCCAGUCCUGUAAACAGCGCACGGAGUGAGUCUAGUGUUACACCUUCAGAGGAGAAGGCAGGCUUUGAAAUUGUUCGUGAAGAAGAAGCGGAUACGAGAACAGAAGAGACGGGCUCUCCUUUCCCCCCAGAGUCGCAGCAGGCCAGGUGUCCUGCAACAGGCUUGGAGAUUUCAUGGGAGGAACAGCUCCUAGAGCAGCAAGAUCACUUGGAAAAGGAAAUGGAAGAAGCAAAGAAGAUGAUUUCAGGACUGCAGGCCUUGCUCCUCAAUGGGUCAUUACCUGAGGAUGAGCAAGAAAGGUCGUUUGUCCUUUGUGAACAGGAUGCCUGCCCUGGAGAACAGCUGAUCAUAGUCCGAAGCCGACUGGAUCAGAGCAUAGAGGAGAAUCAAGAGCUGAAGAAAGAGUUGCAGAGGCACAAGCAAGAAGCUCGAAGCCUGCAGGGAAUAAAGCCCUGGCUAAUGUUUGCCUCUUUUCUGCUUCGUGGAUGGCAUCGGUGGCGACUGGGUGAUGUGGAUGCCUUGCAGCAGCGGCUGGCCCAGCAGGAUGCUCUGAUUCUUCAGAUAAAGCAAGAGCUGUUGAGAGCAAAAAUGGACAAGGAGGAACUGCACAGCCAAAAUGUCGAUUUACAGAGGAAGGUAGAAGAGAGGAAUCGCCUCCUGGUGGAAUACAAAAAGGAACUGGGCCAGAAGGACCGGCACUUACACCAACACCAGGCCAAGAUGGAGGAAAUGCUGCGGCAGCUCUCCGAGGCCAGCUAUCAGCAGGCAGAGCUAGAACGAGAGCUGCAGCACAAAGAAGCCCUGCUGGCGGCUCAGUGUAUGAAGAAGGAUGCGGAAGAGGUGAUAGUCUACAGCAAUCAUGGCUGUCAGAGCAAUGGCUUCCUGCAGACAUCAGGGAAAGGAGCCACUUCCACAGUGCACAGAGGGACCAACGACUUGCAGCUGGUGCGCGAGGCUCUGCGCAGCUUGCGGAACAGUUUCAGCGGCCACGACCCCCAGCACCACACCAUCGACAGCCUGGAGCAGGGCAUCUCCAGCCUGAUGGAGAGGCUGCACCGCAUGGAGAUGCACAAGAGGCAGGAGAGGAGGGUCCAAGGGAAAUCACCUGCCAGCCACACCACGAACGACUACCGAGAGCCCUGGCCCUCCAACUCCAAACUGCCUCAUUCUCACAGCACCCCUGCAAUGAGCAGCAGUGCAUGCACCAAAGUGCUCUACUUCACAGACCGCUCCCUCACACCUUUCAUGGUCAACAUACCAAAGAGGUUAGGUGAGGUGACCCUGAGGGACUUCAAAGCAGCUAUUGAUCGGGAAGGAACGCAUCGCUACCACUUCAAAGCCCUGGAUCCAGAAUUUGGUACAGUAAAAGAGGAGGUCUUCCAUGAUGACGACAUCAUCCCUGGGUGGGAGGGAAAGAUUGUGGCGUGGGUGGAAGAGGACCAUGGGGAGAACUAAUCAGACACCUGAACUCUUUUUUACCCUGAAGAUCCUCCACUGGCUGCUGUGCUUGCCAAUACUGACCAAAAAGUGUGUUGAACUGAGAUGCAUCUGUCUCAGACUGCCAAAAGAAAGGAAACGACUUCUCUGCAAAUUGACGGGUAUAAUGUUUUGCCACAACAUGGAGGAAGAGGCGCUUGAGUUCCACGGCCAAAUGUUGCAUUGUUUAAAAGUCUGGUGGUGUGGGGAAGGAUCCACCUCUCUUUAUUCAGUCAUUGUCAGCCUUAAUGAUGUGUCCGUCCCUGCCCCUUGUUCCCACUGCUGUCAGUGAGCCAGAGAAUUUUCAUUGGAAGCUUGUAGGAACAAGGAACAUUGCACUGAAUGGCUGGAACUAGGAACUGUCCUCCGGAGGCAGGCAUUGCAGUUGCAGCUGCAUUUUCCAUAUCAGAAACUCUUGCCAGCCAGUCACACCAAAUGACUCUGUGCCCAAUAUGCUUUCCUGCAGCAAAGCCCUCUCAGCUCUGCCAGUAUCAGGAACCAACAGGACUUUCUCUAGAGGAAGACACGUGGGCUGGAUUGUGGUCCAAAUCAAAGGUUACCAGGUUCGCAGCAUCAGGGUGGGGGAGGGGGAUUUGCUUCUGUAUUUCUUGUUUUUGCUUUCCUAUCCUGGAACUCCUGAGGGACGUGAAACAAUUGCUGCUUUGUUUUGGAGUAUUGAUGAGGAGGAUUCUUUGCCCUUUUCUUCAAUAGCCAUGCCACCCUCUUGCUUUCAUUUCGGCAAAGAAGGCCACAGAAAGGUCCACGUCUUUGCUUCUCCAGAGGUUGAGUGGCAGAAGACAGUCCUGUCCAUUCAUUCUCUCUUUCUAGUCUGAACAGUAAGAGGAUGUAGGGUGGGUCCCUGGAGGGGGCGGCUGCUUUGUGUUCUUCCACAGCUCAAGUUGGAUUCAUGACACUGCUUUUCUUCCACCACUAGCUAAGUUCUUUUCCAGUCAGCCUAUGCUGAGACUUGUAGGGAACUGGGAUCCCCAUUUGCUGUUGGAAUGGUACAUAUUUGAAGUCAGUGGCUGGGCAGCAGAAUGCACAUUGAACCCUUCACUGGGUGCAGUUUCUUGGGAAUCUCAUCAUGGGUUUUCUGGUGGGAGCGUGUGACUGUGAAACCACCUUCAAGAUUGCAGAAAGAGGCCAAGGCAUCACUUAUCCUCUCUGAUCCCUGGUUUGAAAAUUGCAUCUAACCACCCUACUUGUGGAGGCCAACUUUUUCCCCCUACUGUCCAUGGUGGUGCCCUUGCUUAUGAUGAAUGGGGUUACCUGCCUUGUAUGUCCCGAGCAGAAUCUGCAGUUUUGCCCACCACUACUUACCCCAGACAGAAGGGGUUUGCAGUGACAUGCAAAACUGAUGACUUAUGCUUGUGGAGAAUGAGUUAACUGGUUCUCUUAGCCACUGCAGGCACUGUGAGCCAGGCAGAUGCACGAACUGUCUUUUAAGCAUAACACACUCACCAUUAAUAACCUGUAUACCAUAGUGUAAUAAAGGUUGGACAGAGAUGGUAAUGGCAAGAUAAGGGCAGCAAACCAUUCCGUGUAGGUUUUAUGGAAGAAUCCUUGGACAACACCUACACAUUCUUUCGGGAUCCACCUACUGGCUAUUUGCAUCUGUUCUUUACAAGCCAAAUUUGGUCUUCUAGUAGUCCAGCUAGCAGAAUGGAGCUGUUACAUGCUUAGCCCAGCCAGUACUGCUUCAUGCAACAUGGUACUUGAUAGGUUUUCUUGGAUAUGGACUUUUCUGUGUUUCCAGUCAGGCUCUAAAACACCAAACUUGGGAGUGCAGGAAGUGCCUCUUGGUCAGUGCACCUGUGGCAUUACUGAACUGAAAAGCAGGUGGUGGUCGGCAAAAUCGGGAAUUUCACUCUAGCUGCUGCCUCAGAUUGCUGCCUCCACCAGUCUGUGUUUUUGUGUGUGUCCCUUCCUCCUCCUCCUCUUCGCAGCACAGCCCUGUGUGUUGAAGACUGGGCUGCAGGCCUCCAUGUCUUUGGUGCAUGCACCAGCACUCUGAACAAAUGUCUCUGUGUGUCAGCCUGUCUGUGUCUUUUUCCAUGUGAGGUUGAAAGUUUGAAGGAAAACUUGGCUUUUAUCAUUUUAUAGAUUUUAACAUGUCCUUUUUGUAAACUUGUUCCUAUUUUUUGGAAUUAUUUUGUAUCCAUUUGCAUUGUUGUUGUUCAAGGACGGUGUAUAUUUUUAUACCAGUGCAAGCAGUCCCUGCCCAUCCCCCUGUAUAUUUCCACACGUACAUUGUAGUGUACUUUACCCAUUUUUCUAGAGGCUAAUAUGUUUUGUACAGCAUCCUGUUAAUGCCACCCCCCCCAAGUGGCUGCCAAUACUAGCUUUAUUUUAUUAUGAAGGUAUUGGCAAGUUUCUAAUGGUUUUAUAUUUUGCCAGCUAUCUUCUUGUAUAGACUGUGCUUUAUGUGGUGUUUGUUUUCUCUGUGUCCUCAGGGUACCGAAAGAGCAGCAGUGCCUUUCUAAACCCUGCCCUUGUUAUGAUCUGCGUCUGCUGUUAACAUUCAGAGGGCAAUCUUUGUUGUCAUUCAGAACAGCAUCUACAAAAACUGGCUUUUGGGGGUGGGGAGGAGAAUUUAUUAGUAAAGGGGGAGAAACAGGGUCCCCACCCCGAUAAAGAAAAACUUUCUUCCUUGUGUGAAAUUUACUGAUUUCUCUGUUGCAUGAAUUUUGGUAGAUUGCGAAAAGACAGCAUGGAGUUGUCUUUUGUUUUUUUGUUUUCCAGCAAGAGAUGUAUUUUUAAGGUCGAACAUGUACUCACUUCUCAAGAACUUAUUUCAUUUUAAUUGAAUUAUUUCUCCCUUUUUGUAUAGACUCCUGGCCAGAAAUGUGGUGGUGGUAGGGAGAGGGGGCAAAGAUCACACUUGGAGGAGGUUGUCAUCUCUGGAAAGUCUUAAGGAGUCUGGCUGGCUGCCAUUCUACAUGCUUCUCGGCUGCUUUAAUCCCAUGGACUUGAAUGGGAUUUAGUUGUCCAAAGUGGGUGCAGGAUUUCAGCCCUGGUCUUGUAGCAUUUAGCCUGAAGUUGCAGCUUGUAUUUUCCUAAGAUUAACCCCAUGCCUUCUUAUCACUGUUGUACCCUUUAUCUAAAACCCCUGGCUUUACUUUGUUUCUGCAGUUGCACUAAAGGUGUAUCAAUCCACACUGCUGAUCUAAAACUGGCUUAAGUGCCAUUACUCCCUCUCCCUCCCUCUCAGCAGGGAACCACAGGAAAAGGCCCAGGCAUCUCUUAACAAUGGAUUUUCAGCACCCUCGCAAAGCUUCCCAGAAGCUGUGACAUCUGGUUUAAAUCCUAUAUAGGUUUGUAGUGUAGAUAUUGCCGCCCUGGGCUCCUACUGGGAGGAAGGGUGGGAUAUGAAUCAAAUAAUAAAUAAAUAAAAUAUGCCCCACAUUUUAUUUACAGUGCUCCUGUGGAAAGGUACAAAAUAGGUCUGGAACGAAAUGAAUCAUUCAUGGAAUUGGAGGCCAUGCCUAAUCUGGUGGUCUCUAUAGGUUUUGGACUACAACUCCCAUUGGGGCUGAUAGGAGUUGUAGUGCAAAACAUCUGGAGGGCACCAGUGGGGAAGGUUGUAUUAGAAAUUGAAAAGGAGGGAGGGAGACAUUCUCCUCUUGUUUGUUUCCCCCCUUUAUGCCUGGUUUUUAUACAGCCCCCCGAGUUGUUCUGCUUCUUUUUGAAACUCCUCAUUUUGGGUUCAUAUUCUUGCAGCAAGUCCCAUGUAUAAAAUACUCUAUUUUGUAUAGAAAUGCUGAAGUUUGCAAUCAUUACUAUUAAAAAGGAGGGUUACUCUUGCUAUCCCCCUGCAGACUGGCCAAGAGAGACCUGAAGCUUGUCUUGUGUGCUCUUAACAGUUGAACAUAUUUUGGAUUUGUGGACAAAGACUUUAAAAGAAAAAGAAGAACCUUCAA